AUGAGAAUGCCAAAUGGAUUCGACGCAAUUUCUAAUACUGCUACUAGCAGUAAUGGCUCUUCACCUCGAAUUCGAGUAAGAAAACUAAAAUCUGGUGGUGUAACAACAAAGUUACCACAUCAAGUACUGAGACGAAAUGAGCGAGAGCGCAAACGUGUUCAACAGGUAAAUCUUGGCUUUAUACACCUUCGUGACCGAGUACCUCACUCAGCGACCAGCAAAAAGUUAAGCAAAGUGGAAACACUUCGUGAAGCAGCAAGGUAUAUCAAGCACUUACAAGAUUUGUUGCAAGGAACUUGUGAUAAACCAUUUGAACCAUUAAAUAUUAAUCACGAGACCAGAAAUAAUCACAAUAAUUUGUGUUUAACUCAAGAAAAUCACAAUCCUUCAUUAGAUCAGCAAACUAAUAGCAGUUGUCAUUACGCUUGCAGCACUGAACCUGUGUACAACCAUUUCAAUUUUACUGAUCAUCCAUACUAUAAAUCACAAAAUUCAUUCAAUUUUCAUAAUUCCACUCUGAAAUCGGAAAAUGAAUUAUUACAUUCAACAUCAGUAUAUUCUUCUACAUCAACUGCAUCACCUUUUAGUUGUAAUGAAAUUACACGGUUUCAACACACUGAUUACGUUUUGUGA